CGCGCUUGAACCGGAGUCAGUGGAAAACUUUCUCUCGGUUCGGUCUGUUCCAACAACUCUUCUUCUUCUUUAAUCAAUCAAAUCUUUUUGUUCCGAAUCAAAAGUGAAUCCUUUUCAAUGGCAACACUAAGCUCUUACACCUCUUCUCCUCCUCGAAUUCUUCAUCGUCAACAAUCUAAACCCAUCCUCUUCCCUCCAGAUUCCACCCCCUCCAUCAGACAGCUAUAUACAAAACCCAUCUCUGUCUCGAGACGAUCCCGUGGCGCCAUUAACGCCACCGCAGCAGCUUCCGACACCUCUGGAAACUCAAACGCAUCUUCUCCGGCGAAGAAGCUAAGAGAGAUCAUGCAAUCCCCUGGUGUCCUUCAGGGUCCUUGCUGCUUCGAUGCUCUUAGUGCUAAGCUCGUCGAACGAGCUGGGUUUCCUUACUGUCUCACCACUGGGUUCUCAAUUUCAGCAGCUAGGGUUGGUUUACCUGAUAAAGGACUCAUUUCUUAUGGAGAAAUGGUUGACCAAGGUCAACAGAUCACUCAGGCUGUAUCCAUUCCGGUGAUUGGAGACGGUGGCAAUGGGUUUGGUAACGCCAUGAAUGUUAAGAGAACAGUCAAGGGGUAUAUCAAAGCUGGAUUUGCUGGAAUCAUAAUCAACGAUCAGGUUUCUAGUGGCGGCGGGAGAGGAGUGGUUUCUAGAGAGGAGGCAGUGAUGCGUGUCAAAGCUGCGGUUGAUACGCGUAGAGAGUGUGGUUCAGACAUUGUCAUUGUAGCUCAAACUGAUUCUAGAGAAGUGAUAUCUCUGGAGGAAUCGUUUAGUAGGGCGAGAGCUUUUACAGAUGCUGGAGCAGAUGUUCUCUCCGUUGAUUCUCUGGUGUCUAGAGAAGAGAUGAAAUCAUUCUGCAAUGUCUAUCCACUAGUUCCUAAACUGGCUAAUAUGCUUGAGACUGGUGGGAAAAUUCCGAUGCUAAACCCGCUUGAGAUAGAAGAGAUUGGAUAUAAGCUAGUUGCAUAUCCACUUUCCUUGAUUGGGGUAUCAAUUCGAGCAAUGCAGGACGCUCUAUUGGCGAUAAAGGGUGGUAGGAUUCCUCCACCAGGAAGCAUGCCUUCUUUAGAAGAAAUUGAGGAGAUUCUUGGCUAUGACACAUACCGUGAGGAAGAGAAGCGGUAUGCUACAUCCUCCUCAUCUGAUAGAGGGUCUAGCAGAAGAAGCGUAUAUGGUGGUAACCAACGAGUUGUGCAAGAUGAUUCAGAACAGAGAGUGGAUCCGGUUGUUGAAGUCAUGAUACCUGAGGUGGUUUCUAAUGAAUCCAGAAACCCCUUUUCCAGAAUCUGGUCAAGGUCUCUGAGGAUCAAGAUCAUUGGACGUGAUGGGAUUGAGAAACUCGACGUCAGAAUCCCGGCUGGAUUCUUGGAAGGUGUCACCAAUAUUGUCCCAGCUUUAGGAGGCGUGAACCUGAAGCAAUUGAUGGACGAUGCAGCUGAUGAAGUCGGAGGGAAACUUCUGUUGGACUUUAAAGACACUGCUGGUGAUAGAAUCCAAGUCUUUUUGGAAUGACAAUGAAUAAAUAAAUAAAGUAUAUAAAGUCGAGAACAUGCAAGAAAGACAAAAUAUUUUAUUUGUUCCGUGAAUGGGAAAUGUUGUACACAUUCAAUA